AUGAAUACGGUGAGAGGAGGCUGUUGUCCUGGUUGCCCAUCUGGUCCUGGUGCUCCAGCUGGUCCUGGUGCGCCGGCUCCUCCGGAUUGUCCUGGUUGUCCUGGUCCUCCGGCUGGUCCUUGUGGUCCUGGUGCUCCAGCUGGUCCUGGAAGUCCACGACUACGUUGUCCACUGCGUCCGGCGUUUCCUGGUGCUCCUGGUGCUCCUGGUUGUCCUGGUGCUCCGGCGUCUCCAGCUGGUCCUUGUGGUCCAGCUGGUCCUGGUCCUCCACCGACGGCGUCUUGUCCUGGUGCUCCCGAUGGUCCUUGUGGUCCAGGCGCUCCUGGGGCUCCGGCUGGUCCUGGUGCUCCGGCUGGGCAAGUGAUGCAUGGUCCAUUUCCUCCGGUGAGUCCGAUAGUCACUCCGUUCGCUCCUGGCUUUCCGGCCUCUCCUGGGUGUCCGGCCUCUCCUUGGGCUCCUGGUUGUCCUGGUGGUCCUGGUGGUCCGGCUGGGCAUCCGUUCGAUUGGGCACCGCAGUUGCAUUGGGCGUUACGCUUGUUGACUCCACGCUUGAUUCUUCCGAAGAUGUCGGAUGGAGAUUGCAUUGAGUUCCAUGCUUGUUGCUCGUUCGUCUACAAGAUUUGGGAAAUGGUUACGAACGAGUUGAUAUCGUUGAAGAUGUAUCCGACGGUGAAGAGACACGCGAGAACGGCGACUCCGCUGCCAACCGACGCGAUUUGA